CUAGAGAUUAGUUUCGUAGCCAAAGAACGCCAUGGAGACCUGGCUCCUCCUCGCCGGCGUCCUCCUGCUCUCCCUCCUUGCCCUGCGUCGCAAUGCGAGGAGCCGCCGCCUGCCUCCGGGUCCCCCGGCCGUGCCGCUGUUCGGCAACCUGCUGUGGCUGCGGAACUCCGCGGCCGACGUGGAGCCCCUUCUCCUGCGUCUCUUCCAGAGGUACGGCCCCGUCGUCACGCUCCGGAUCGGCUCGCGGCUCGCCAUCUUCGUGGCCGACAGGCGCCUCGCGCACGCCGCGCUCGUGGGCUCCGGCUCCAUCACCCUCGCCAACAGGCCGCAGGCCGCCACGAGCACGCUCCUCGGCGUAACCGACAACAUCAUCACCCGCGCCGACUACGGGCCCGUGUGGCGCCUCCUGCGCCGCAACCUCGUCGCCGAGACGCUGCGCUCGUCCCGCGUCAGGCUGUUCGCGCCUGCGCGCGCAUGGGUGCGCCGCGUGCUGAUGGAGAAGCUGCGGGAGUCGUCAGGGGACGACGCGCCCAACGUCAUGGAGGCGUUCCAGUACACAAUGUUCUGCCUCCUCGUGCUCAUGUGCUUCGGCGAGCGGCUCGACGAACCCGCGGUGCGCGCCAUCGAGGACGCCGAGCGCGCAUGGCUCCUCUACAUCUCCAGGCAGAUGAGCGUCUUCUUCUUCCUCCCGUCCGUCACCAGGCACGUCUUCCGCGGGCGCCUCCAGACCGCGCUUUCCCUAAAGCGGCGCCAGAACGAGCUCUUCGUGCCGCUGAUUAACGCACGGCGUGAGUACAAGCGGCAGGUCAAAGAAGGCCAGGCGCCCACGAGGGAUACCAUGUUCCAGCACUCGUAUGUGGACACCCUGCUCGACAUCACGCUCCUCGAGGAUGGCAACCGCCCGCUCACCGACGACGAGAUCGUCGCGCUCUGCUCCGAGUUCCUUAACGCCGGCACCGACACCACCUCCACAGGGCUGCAGUGGAUCAUGGCCGAGCUGGUCAAGAACCCGGCCGUCCAGGAGAAGCUCCACGACGAGAUCAAGGCCACGUGCGGGGACGACGAGGUCUCGGAGGAGGCCGUCCACGGGAUGCCCUACCUCAAGGCGGUGAUCCUCGAAGGCCUGCGCAAGCACCCGCCGGGCCACUUCGUGCUGCCGCACAAGGCCGCGGACGACAUGGAGGUCGGCGGGUACCUGAUCCCCAAGGGCGCGACGGUGAACUUCAUGGUGGCCGAGAUGGGCAGGGACGAGAGGGAGUGGGAGAAGCCGAUGGAGUUCUCGCCGGAGCGGUUCUUGGAGGGCGGCGACGGCGCGGGCGUGGACAUGACAGGCACCAAGGGGAUCCGGAUGAUGCCGUUCGGCGUGGGCCGGAGGAUCUGCGCGGGGCUCAGCAUCGCCAUGCUGCACCUCGAGUACUUCGUGGCCAACAUGGUGAGGGAGUUCGAGUGGACGGAGGCGCCCGGCGAGGAGGUGGUCUUCGAGGAGAAGCGCGAGUUCACCACCGUCAUGAAGAAGCCGCUGCGCCCGCGCCUUGUGCCCAGAAGGAGCUGAACAGUGUGGAUCUCGAGGUUCCCUGUGGUUAACUUUAGAGUUCAAUAAUUUUUUAGCUUUGGAGUGCACGCGUCAUUUGUUUGUUUUCGGUAUCGAGUUCAUGUCAGCUCGUACUUAAAAUUUGAUGUGCAGUGACUACUUCUAGUUGCAUGAUAGGUAAUCCUUAAUGUCAUUCAGUUAGCCUUAGGGUGUCAAAUUAAAGUAAGGCAUCUUUUUUCAUCUGUACUAGUACA